AAAAUGUUUCACUCGUUUGGAACUAUGACUCUCGUGUUGCUUGUUAAAUCAGCCUGAAUUUUACUGGGCUACAAUAGUCGACCGCAUGAGCAAAUCCACACGCGUAUUUUGAUUCAAGUUUGGAUGUUUCCUGUUUUUCUUUUCUCCUCCACCUUGUGUCGUCCCUAUAUUUAGCCCCAUGCAGGCAAGCCAACUCACGCCGACAGGACAACUAAGUUGGGCAAACAAUUGAAGGAAGCCUAAAAACUAUUUGGACAAACAUGUUACAAACAGGGAUCAGUGUGAAGUGAAGCUGUUGUAGCAUUGUGUGGCUGAGGAGACAGCUAAAGGACGGAUCGAUUCAUAGACCAAGAACGAUAAAUGAUUAAAUUCUAAAGCCUGCAAUAUUUCCCUUUCAGUGCCAAUAACUGGAGACCUCAGCUGGAUUUACUGGCUGCCUUGUGGAUCAAAAGUUGUGGAUACGAUUUAAACGGUUCAUCCUCACAGAAUCGUUAGAUAAGGAAUACUUUGACUGGUGCAGAAAAGUGAAGGCAUCUUCCUCCGACUCAUCAACAUGGGAUCAUCAAUACUGGGAAAGGCAGCUACUCUUGAUGCUCUCAUAAAGGAAUGUAUACAUGCAUUUGAUGACAACGGAGUGCUGCAGACCAACCUACCUCGCAUGCUCCUGCUGAUGCAUCGCUGGUAUGUUUCAUCUUCCGAACUGGCUGGAAAACUGCUGAUGAUGUACCGUGACUGCAACAAUGAUGACUGCCAUAAAACAAGACUGAAGAUUUGUUACUUAAUGAGGUACUGGAUAGGAACAUUCCCUGCAGAGUUCAACCUGGACUUGGGUCUGAUUCGAAUAACAGAGGAGUUCAGAGAAGUCGCUGAAAGGCUCAGCUGCGAGGAGCAUUUCAAACUGAUUGACAUCUCCACCAUUCCUUCGUAUGACUGGAUGCGUAAGUUGACACAGCGUAAAAAGCAGGCGAAGAAAGGCAAAGCUUCGCUGUUGUUUGACCACCUUGAACCCAUGGAGCUGGCGGAACAUCUGACUUUUUUGGAAUUUAAAUCCAUCAGGAGGAUAUCGUUCCCUGAUUACAAGAGCUAUGUGAUCCAUGGUUGCGUGGUGGACAAUCCAACACUGGAACGCUCCAUUGCUUUGUUCAACGGAGUUUCACAGUGGGUCCAACUUAUGGUGUUAAGCAAGCUGACACCUCCAACCAGGGCAGAGGUUAUCACCAAAUACAUCCAUGUGGCUCAGAAACUUCUGCAGCUGCAGAACUUCAACACUUUAAUGGCGGUGGUGGGAGGGCUGAGCCACAGCUCCAUUUCUCGUCUGAAGGAGACGCAAUCUUAUCUAUCUGCGGAGGUAGUUAAGAUGUGGCGUGAAAUGACUGAACUGGUCUCUUCCAACAAUAACUACUCCUACUACCGCAAGGCCUUCAGUGACUGUCAAGGCUUUAAAAUCCCCAUCCUGGGUGUUCACUUGAAGGAUCUCAUAGCCAUGCACGUGGUCUUUCCGGACUGGGUGGAAGACAGCAAUAAGGUGAACCUAGUGAAGAUGCAGCAGCUCUACAUGACUUUCAAUGAGCUGGUGUCAUUGCAGAGCACAACGGCUCAAGUGGAGCCCAACAUGGACCUGAUCGACUUGCUCACGCUUUCUUUAGAUCUUUACUACACUGAAGAUGAGAUUUAUGAAUUAUCAUUGCUACGGGAGCCGCGAAAUCCUAAAUCACUGCCUACCUCUCCCACAACUCCUAACAAGCCGCUUGUACCGCUGGACUGGGCUUCAGGUGUCAUGACCAAACCAGACCCCACUUUGGUCAAUAAACACAUCAGGAAAGUGGUUGAGUCAGUGUUCAGGAACUACGACCCAGACCAUGAUGGCUAUAUUUCUCAAGAAGACUUUGAAAAUAUUGCUGCUAACUUUCCCUUCCUGGACUCCUUCUGCGUUUUGGACAAAGAUCAAGAUGGCCUGAUCAGUAAAGACGAGAUGAUAGCGUAUUUCCUUCGAGCAAACCCGUUGCUCCAGUGUAAAAUGGGUCCAGGAUUCCUGCAUAACUUCCAGGAAAUGACAUAUCUGAAACCCACCUUCUGCGAACACUGUGCUGGCUUUCUCUGGGGGAUCAUCAAACAGGGCUACAAGUGUAAAGACUGCGGUGUCAACUGCCAUAAACAAUGUCGGGAGCUCCUGGUUUUCGCUUGCAGAAAGCUGCUACGCUCUGGUUCCCUUGGGUGCGUGACCCCUGACAGACUGACACACAGCUCGUUGCCUAGCAGCCCAACACUAAACACCUGUAAUGACAAGGACGAGGUGUUUGAAUUCCCCAGUGUAACAGCAGCACGCCCUAUUCGGGAUACAAAAAGCAUCACCCUCAUGACUGGCUCAGCCCAGAGGAUCUCAGUCCGCCUGCAAAGGGCCACUAUCAGCCAAGCCACUCAGACUGAACCUCUGUGGUCAGAACACAGUUGGGGGACCGCAAACAGCGGAUCCCACACCUUCCCCAAAACCAAGUACCGCACUCAAAGAGAGACCUGUAAAAAUAAAGCUUUUACAUCAUGGGAAAACGAGGACAAGGGGCCACGGCAGUUGGUACAAUGCAGCGGUCCCAGUCUGGAGAAGACGGAUGUCCUUGGAGAGCUUGUGGCGAUCACAGAUCGCAGGAUCACACGCAGAGGCAAGGACAGCUGACUUGGUAAAAAAUGUAGAAACCGCCAGUCUCGGGGGUCCAGAAAACCCCUCGUGACUGGUACCAAGAAGUUCUUCUGUCUGGGAAGGUGCAUGGCUCUUUGAUGUCAACAUUUCACUGAGUGGGUGUCAUCAUGUCCCUCUUUGGGCUCCGGCAAGGACAGCGAAACAUGCUAAUGCCUUUGCUCAACAACAGGGCAACAUAAGAUGUAUGACAAAUCUCAAAGCACAGUGGAUAGGGAAGUGGUCCCUCUAUGCGUUACCCAAAAAACUGCACUUCCAGCCUCAGGACGAGGUGACGAUGGACUUUAUUCCUAGUUUGCUCCAGAAGACGCAAUGCCAGCACAAAGCAAACGUUUUUACGAGACAGUGUGUGGCUAAUCGUAGCCAUUUUCUUUAUCAUGGCAAUCUUAAUUCUAGCUCAGAAACGGGUGUGAAUUUUGGUUGACAAUUUAGAAAGAGACAAUACCUUACUUGCAUGUGGAUUGUGACGUUACAAAUAAAGGGAAUGUCAA